AUGGUCCCUCCUCGUUCUGGAUCCGCCAUGGGCAUGCGCAGCCGCGGCCCGGUAGAGCUCAACGUCAACCUCGCCAAGUCGUACGAGAUCCGCGGGCCCAAGUCCCCCAUGCCCAGAUCCCCCCUGAGAGACGUCACCCACGAGGACCGCGGCAGCCGCGGUGGUUCGUACGAGGACCGCCUCGAGGGCGCCAUCCACGUCCUCCGCACCGAGGCCAACGCCCUCAUGGCGCUGACGCAGCUGUACGCCUCGGAGCGCGUCUGCCGCGACGGCUUCCACCGCGCCGUCGAGGCCCUCGUGCGCCACCGCGACCACCGCGGCAAGGUCGUCUUCAUCGGCGUCGGCAAGUCGGGCUGGAUCGCCAAGAAGCUCACGGCCACCUUCAGCAGCCUGGGCCUGCCCGCCGUCUUCCUCCACCCGACCGAGGCGCUCCACGGCGACCUCGGCAUCGUCGGCGAGCACGACACCCUCAUCAUGAUCACCUUCUCCGGCCGCACGCCCGAGCUGCUGCUGCUGCUCCCCCACCUGAGCCGCAAGUGCCCGCUCGUCCUGCUCACCUCGCCCACCUGCAUGGAGACGUGCGAGAUCGCCAGGCAGCGGCCCGACCUCAUCUUGCUGCCCGCGCCCAUCCCCGAGUCCGAGAAGGAGACGUUUGGCGUCUCGGCCCCGACCACGUCGACGACCAUGGCCAUCGCCGUCGGCGACGCCCUGGCCUACGUCGCCUCCAAGGAGAUGUACCCGUCCGUCUCGUCCGUCUUUGCCAAGAACCACCCAGGCGGUGCCAUCGGCCAGGCCUUCAAGAGCAAAUAG